AUGGAUGCGCAGAAUGCCGCCGAGGCCGACCAAGCGCGGCCCUCGGUUGCUUCCCCUCAACGGCGCCGGGGCUCCCAGGCCGACUCCAAACACGCAUCCGUACUAGACGCAAAAUCUGGUAAACCGUCAGAAGUCAAGUCGAAAUCCGGUGCUUUGUCCGCAUCGGCUGCUCUUGCUGAGAACAGCGCCGAGGACCGCGAUUCGGACGCUGAGACCAUUGUGCUCCCUGGUAAGGACGGCCACUCACCAUCCAAAGUUCGCAAGGUGAGGCAAGAAGACAAGAGCGAAAGCGACGGUGAUGCCUCCAAAUCAAAGUCUACUACCAAGGCUACAAAGCCCGACGCCGAUACCGUCACCGCGCGAGCUGCAGACCCUCCCAGAAAGAAGCGCCUCUCCAUCUCCGCAGGCUCGAGACUGGCCGACGCGGACGCCCAUUCUCGCAGCAAGGAUCGGGCUGGCUCAAGCGGUCUAAGCUCUGCACCUAACUCGCCAACACAAACGCAUCGACGUCUGCAGCACCGCCGGCAACGUUCUCGCUCCGACGCAGCUCCCCUCUCCGAAUCCGACUCUGACGAAUACACUACCAACAAACCUUCAAAGCCAUCACUCAAGGAUAAGGCCAGAUCUGGUGACAGAAUGACGUCCCAAAAACGAAAGGCCCCCAAAAACGAAUCCGACGAUGAGGCUGAUGGGCGCAAGGCUAGACGCCAGCGCACCACAUCCGUCAGCGUCGAAGCUGGCCGCAACCCCCGGGAUGCUCGAACCUCUUCCAGAUCUCAUCGCGACGCAAGAACGCAGUCGCACUCCCCCCCUCCCCGACACCACCGCCGAAGCAACUCUACCCAAUUAACUUCCUCAAAUGGGCUUGGUCAGAAAAAGAAGCGAUUGCCACCGCCAUUACAAUCUACCGAGUAUCAUUCCGAUGAUUCUUCAGCCAGCGGAAGCCCUCACCCCCGCAGCACCAAACUGAAGAGCCUCGCCACGCCUUCGAAUUCAGAGUCGCACAUGUCUCCUGCCAAAGUUGGGCCACACAAGAAGCACUUGGAUGCCCACGGUCAGACGCUACUCGCCCGUGCCUGCGCCAAAGGCGAAUACGACGUCGUCAAGCAGCGUCUUGCGGAGCGACCGGAAGACCUGAACUGGGCAGACUAUGCCGGUAACACGCCCCUCCAGAUAGCAGCGCUUAAUGGUCGUGAAGAUAUCGUCAAACUUUUGAUCGAGGCGGGAUGCAACUUGGACUGUGUAAAUUACGAGAAAGAUACGCCAUUACUAGAUGCUGUGGACAACGGCCACCUGGAGGUUGUCAAACUUCUGCUGGAUGCCGGUGUCAACCCCCGAAAAGCCAACGUGAAUGGGGAGGAGCCUAUCGACCGAGUGACGGACGAAACCGAUCAUGCAGCUGAGAUCCGGACACUCCUGAUAGCCGCAAAGAAGAAAGCUGGUGACAGGAUGCGGACGUCGGAAGAUCGCCAUUCCCACCACGACCUCGACGCUCGAGAUUCGCAUGCGCCGGAUAGCCCACGACGAUCACCGGCUGCGCCUAGUGGAAGACGCAGCACAACUGGACGAGCCACAAAAACCCGAAAUGACCUGCUCUACAUGCCCCUCGACGACAAAACGCUUCGGCAAGCCGCUGGCCGCGGUGACGAGGAGACUGUUGCCCGCAUAUUGCAGGUGAAGGACGGUUUCGAUGAUCCCGAGUCCAUGGUGGCUGCUGCCCGUGGCGGCCACGAUCUAGUUAUUCAGUUAUUGCUAGGACUGGGCGGCGCCAAUGCUGAUCCCGGACCCGUCAGUAGCCUUCCCGCUGAUUUCGCAACACCUAUUCUUGCCGCGAUCGGCCAGGAAAACAUUAAGGUAGUUCGACUAUUGCUGGAGCAGCAAGGCUUCGACCCUACAAGACGUUUCAAGGGCGAUGCCUAUUACGAAAUUGCACGGAAUCGCCAGGGCCCGAAUUGGAAGCAGGAAGAAGAUAUUCUUCGAGCUAAAUACGAUGAAUACAAACGAACACACAAAGAUGGUGCUCCCAACAAAUCCCCCAACCGAAAAGAGCGCGAACGCGAAGAGAAGCGUACCAAGCGAGACGAAGCCCGCGCGGAUGCGAAGCGCGAGCGCAAAACCCUGCAGAGCCCAUCUCGCGAAGCUGAGACGAAACGCAAGACUGGGUCGAAAUUGGAUAACCAAGCGAGCAAGAGGCGAUCUGAGUCUUUUUCAACCUAUGGCGACGAGGAAACUCCCAAGCGUGGCCCUGGUCGGCCUCGAAAAGAAGAGAAACACCCAGUUGAGCAAGCUCCCGAUCGCGAAGCCUCGCCAACUAUCCAGCACAAGUCCAGCAAGACAAAACGGGCCGAGUCGGAGGCCGCGAUUGUAUCGUCUGAUGGCGAAUCUGUCAAGCCGCGCCGUAAACUUGUUUCCAAGGGUGAGCUACGGGGCGAGAGAGAAAAGAAGAGUAGAGUCUCAACCGGCAAAGAGCCAUCAAGUCCAAAAAUCUCCCGCAAUGACGAAACUGUUGAAAAGCAGAAAUUGUCGGAGAAGUAUCAUGACAGAACCAAGGCGCUCAAGCGUGACCCUUCCAGGGAAAGCGACUCAACGGCUAAGAGACACCGAAAGAGCACAACACCCGAUCGUUCCGGAGAUGCAGAAAAGGACGAAACUGAAAAUUCCGCGAAGCGCAGACGGCUGGAAACUGAUGCGCCAGACAAAAAGAGCAAGCGCUCAGCCCUUGAAGACAAGACGAAGAAGACGAAUGUCAAGGGUGGAAGCGAUGAGGACUUGGUCAAGGACAAAAAAUCGAAACAGGCGCAGCGACGCGAGUCAGACCGCUCAGCAUCCUCUGAGAAGAUCAAGAUCAAGUCUGAGGAUGCUGACGUUGCAAUGACAGAGGCACCGUUCAAAGAGCCAAGUGCUGAAAAGAUUGCCGAAGCCGAAGCUGCCCGGAAGAAGGAGGAAGAAGAGGCGGCCCGGAAGAAGGAGGAAGAAGAGGCGGCCCGAAAGGAGAAGAAGCGGCUCGAAGAAGAGGAAGCCCGCCGCCUGGAAGAGGAGGAGAAGAAGGCCAGAGAAGAGGAACGCCUACGCCGCGAAGCUGAGGCGGCCCGACUGCGCGAAGAGGAAGAGAGGAUGAGGAAGGAAGAGGAAGAGAAGAAGAGGAAGGAAGAGGAAGAGAAGAAGAGGAAGGAAGAGGAAGAGGAAGAGAGAAGACAGCGUGAAGAGGAGGAACGCCUGCAUCGCGAGCAGCUGGAGCGUGAGGCUCAAGAAGCAAAGAGACAACAAGAGGAAGAGGAGCGCAAAGAGCGCGAGCGCCGUCACCGCGAAGAGGUGGAACGUAAGCGUGCUGCUCGUGAAGCUGAAGCCAGAAGACUGCGGGAGGAAGAAGAACGCGCCCGCUUGGACAAAUUACCGCCCUUGCUGCAAUGGCUUCAGAUAUGCCCCAAUCCGAAACAAUCAUCUGUGGCAGAGAAGUUCCGAUACAUGUCUGGCGUCCGCUAUGACACUAUUCGCCCUGCGGCCACUGGCACAGCUGAAGGUCGCGAACAAUGGGUACUCAACACGCACGUGGCUCUGCUUCUGGGCGAGAAGGACCUCGAUCUCUCGCGCUAUACGGCCUGGGAGCGUUCACCCGUUUCCCAUCUGGCGAAGAAGACCCUCUGGCGAACUGAAUGGGAGCUCUACUCCUUGCUAACCGAAAAAUACUGGGACAUCGGCCGACAGUUGCCGGAUUACUAUAGUGGCGAAGAUCCGGCUACCAUCAGCUUUGAGACGAAGCAAAAACUGAAGCAGGCCGCAUGGGAGAGGUUUAUGGGCACGUCGAUGUUUUUCGUCAAGCUGUCAGAGCUGCUCUACACCGUCCCUACCAUGCCUCAUCUUCGCAAAGUUGAGAUGGCUGUCGAGUAUCGUGAACUUCUUGAGAGCGAAGCUCAGGCUGUUGGGUGGCAAGCCCCGCAGAAAUGGAAACAAGAUCCCGGAGUCGAGCGUUUCCAUGGUUUUGCACCACGGCAUAAGUACUACAUUGGCGGCAACUUUGUUCGUGAGGAUGUCCCAACAACGCAUUCGAUCAGUAGGACGCCGUUCCCAGACGCGCGAAAACCUCGGCGCGGCCUAGUCCAAGUGUUCCCGGAUGACCCAGAAUACGAAAAGCUUUGCUUGGAGCAAGGCUUGGGCCACCUCGUCAAAGGACAACACACCCCGGAUUUACCAAACGGCGCUCGCCCCUCUGCUAUGGAAACCAGGCUCCUUAAUGGGACUAACGGCCAUGGACACGACCAUAUCGCAGCCCCUAGUGUCACCGUUAAUGGUGAUUCUCACUGA